UGUACUUGCCGUUAUUGCAAUUAUAUCCACCCCUCUCCCUCGUUGCUCUGUUUUCUAUCUGUUGGGCAAAUCCAGAUCAUUGGUCUUCAAUACAGCACUGAAACACAACCAAACAGCUACCAAAUCAACAUGUAAGGGAAGUGGUUUUUAAAGGGUGGUUUUUUCAUGGUUGAUCCGACUUCGUUUUCGUAGCUUUCACUAAAUUGAAAACCUUUUUUCUUUCUAAGUUAUUGGUUAGAGUGAGUGAAAAAAAACUUUAGACAGCUAUGAAAAACGAAGAGCAAGCACGUUCCUUGUUUGGGAUUUCUCUCUCUGAUAAACCAAUAUGGAAACAGUUUCUCUUUUGCUCUUCUGGGUUCUUCUUUGGCUACCUUGUCAAUGGCGUUUGCGAGGAAUAUGUAUACAACAGGCUCCAGUUCAGCUAUGGCUGGUACUUCACAUUUGUUCAAGGAUAUGUUUAUCUGUUGCUGAUUUAUCUUCAAGGCUUCACCCCAAAACAAAUGGUGAAUCCAUGGAAGACUUAUGUUAAACUCUCCGCUGUUCUUAUGGGUUCCCAUGGCCUUACUAAAGGGUCUUUAGCUUUUCUCAAUUACCCUGCUCAGCUCAUGUUCAAAUCCACCAAGGUUCUCCCUGUGAUGAUAAUGGGCGCCUUCAUACCCGGUUUGCGACGAAAAUAUCCUGCACACGAAUAUGUUUCGGCAAUUCUUUUAGUGGUGGGAUUGAUUCUUUUCACCUUAGCCGAUGCCCAAACUUCCCCAAACUUCAGUGUGAUCGGUGUAGUGAUGAUAACCGGUGCUCUAGUAAUGGAUUCGUUUCUUGGCAAUUUGCAAGAAGCUAUCUUCACAUUGAACCCCGAAACAACACAGAUGGAAAUGCUGUUCUGCUCGACGGUGGUCGGUUUGCCAUUCUUGAUCCCACCCAUGCUUUUAACGGGGGAACUAUUCAAAGCAUGGAAUUCAUGUUCACAGCAUUUAUACGUGUACGGUGUUUUAGUGUUUGAAGCAAUGGCCACUUUCAUCGGACAGAUAUCGGUCCUUUCCCUGAUUGCCAUUUUUGGUGCAGCCACCACAGCAAUGGUUACAACCGCAAGGAAGGCAUUGACAUUAUUACUGUCCUACUUGAUAUUCACUAAGCCGUUGACCGAACAGCACGGGACCGGGCUUCUGCUUAUAGCCAUGGGGAUCGCUUUGAAGCUCUUGCCAUUGCAGGGUGACAGCACCAAACCGGUUUACAAAAGGGUCUCCAGUUCUGCUACAAGCCAUGAAACGGGGGAUGGAUCUGUAGUUGAAGAUAAAAGGCAAAGCUCUCCGGUUUAAUGAUUUUAUAUUACUGCUUUUGCCAAGUUAUUUUGUGUCUUAAAUUUGUUCUGUUGAAUUACUCUACCGAAAUCAAUAUCAAAUCUGAAAGGAA